GCCAUGAAAGGGCUCAACUUGCAUGGCGUAAGUUCGUUCGUCCAUGCGGUGACGCGGUCGCCCAAGCUACUGAUCCCACACCUGUCUGUGAAGGACUUGAACGACAUCCCGUUUGCUGAGCUGCACGCGAUGGGAUUCAAAGGUGUUGUGUUUGACAAGGACAACACACUCACGGUGCCAUACGCUCGUCAGAUCGUGCCCCAUGUCUCCGACGCGCUUCGGGAUUCCCAACGCAUCUUUGGGUCCGAUCGAGUUGUGAUUUUCUCCAACUCGGCGGGAUCGAGCGACGACUUGCCAGACUUUGCCGAGGCGGCGACAGUAGAGAUUGAGCUAAAAGUGAACGUGCUUCGUCAUGGCGUCAAGAAACCACUAGGCAUCGACCAAAUGCAGCAAGUGUUGCAUCUUCGUCCAGACGAGUUGAUCAUGGUGGGCGACCGGUACUCCACCGACGUUCUCUUUGGCAAUUCCAACGGAAUGCUCACCAUUCGCACCGAACAAUUGUCGGUGGCCCACGAGUCGUCGCUGAAUGCGCUGAUGCAAACCAUUGAAAGCGCGAUAUUAUCCCGCCUUCGAAGUCAAGGCAUCGAACCCCCCGCCCAUCGCCUGUAUAAACCAUUGUCCAUGAACGAGUAAAUCAUUCAAUGCAGUCAACUACUAGUA